AUGAGGCUCUCGACGCUUGUGUUUGGCCUUCUGGCCGUCGUCGCUCCCGUCAUGGCCUCCUGGUCGAAAGAAGACCAGGAGAUCUUCCGUGUGCGGGACGAGCUGGCCGGGGCUCUUGGCGCCGACGUCAGCUUUUACGACUUUGUCGGCGUGGCCGCCUCGGCCUCCGUGGACGAGAUCAACAAGGCGUACCGCAAGCGGUCCCGCUCGCUACACCCGGACAAGGUGAAGCAGCAGCUGGCCGCCGAGCUGGCCGGCAAGACCAAGAAACACGCCGCCGCCGGAAGCGGAAGCGCGGCCAAGCCCAAGGGACCCUCGGCUGCCGAAGUCCGCGCUGCCAUCAAGAAGGCCUCGGACAUGCAGGCGCGCCUCAGCAUCGUGGCCAACAUCCUGCGCGGCUCUGGGCGUGACCGCUACGACCACUUCUUGGCCAACGGCUUCCCCGUCUGGAAGGGCACGGGCUACUACUACAACCGCUACCGUCCCGGCUUCGGCACCGUCCUCUUCGGCCUCUUCGUCUUUGUCGGCGGUGCUGCUCACUACGUCGCCCUGUAUACCGGCUGGAAGCGCCAGCGCGAUUUUAUGGAUCGCUACGUCCGGCAUGCCCGCCGCAGCGCCUGGGGCGACAGCCUGGGUUUGGAUCUCAGCUCCGCUGCUGUAGCUACUGCUGCUGCUUCUGCGGCUGCUCCUGUCCCCGAAGACGAUGCCGCCCCCGCGGCUGCCCUCAACCGCAAGCAGCGCCGCAUGCAGGAGCGCGAGUCCAGGCGCGAGGACCAGCGCGGCGGCACCGCCAGCUCCGGCCGUCGCAGCGUCGUCGCCCGCAAGACCGGUCGCUCCACAGCUGCCGCCACCGCUUCGGCUUCGGCUCACGCUAGCGGUACCGCCACGCCCGUCACUUCGCCCACCGGCGGACCGACUGGGGUCAAGAAGCGCGUCGUGGCCCAGAACGGCAAGGUCCUGGUCGUCGACUCGCUCGGCGACGUGUAUCUCGAGCAGGUCGACGACGACGGCAACGUGGAAGAACUGCUGCUCGAUAUCAACUCCAUCCACCCUCCCACCUUCCGGGACACGGCCGUGUACCGGUUGCCGGCCUGGCUGUACGUCCUGACCGUCGGUCGAGUACUUUCCGGCAAGCAGGAAAGCAGUAGCUACAAGCCAAUUGCUGCGGCUGACGACGAGAACGAUGUGGACGACGAGGCUUCGUCCGCCGGCAAGGAGACCCCCAGCACCGACUCCAACGAGGAGUUUGAGCUCCUCGGCACGUCCACCGAGUCGCUGGGCCGCGCCCGCGUCUCGGGCAGCAACAACGGCAAGGCCGUCAGACGCAAGGGCAAGCGCUUCUAUGAUAUUGGCACUUAA